AUGUCGACUAGUCCCCGUCAUCCGGCAUUCUAUGCAUCACGCAGACAACUGUGGUCCACACUGCCUGGGGCUAAACCAAAAUGGAUUUAUCGUUGUCUUCGUCAUACCGGUCUGGGCACCAAUUGUGAUUCACUUUUGGAUGUGUGGUAUACCGUAUUUCUCACCACGAGUACCAUUUGGUUAAUUUUGAUCGGUAUGUGGCGGUAUCGAGACUUUAAGGCUCAAGCAUAUGAUCCACGUUUCGGUGGUGCUUGGAACGAGGCCGCGACAUUACAUGUGCAACUUGGCGCGCUGAUUCUCGCGUUUGCCAUAUUUCCCAUUAUGAUCUACGCCUCGGUGGCACAUACUGGUCACUUGGCCAACGAUACAGUCACACUGGGACGUGAUUUGUUACAUUUGCAACGCGCUCUAUCCACCUGUACAGUUGCGCAACGAUUUUGGAAACCGACGAAUUCGGUCAAUCAUCAUCAUACUCUGAACGAUUCGCAGAAUGCCAAUCGAUCACGGAACGCGUCACUCGGUGACGAUGAGUUAGACACGUUGCUACUGAAACGACGAGGUGGGGAUUGUUAUGCCCGAACAUUGCAUGCUGUUCGUCCGUUCUCGACCGUCUUGUUUGUGCUGGUUGUGUACAUACUCCUAUUUCCAGUCUGCGUGCUCGAGGCGGAACAGCUCAGAAACGAGGCUAUCGAUCCGGGUAAGUCUUUUUGCACACUUUUGACCCAGUAG